UUCUCGGCCCAUGUGAGCAACCUAAUUAAUCCCCUAGGCGAAGAGCACUUAAGAAGUUACUUAAGUCUAAAGGCUACAAGAGAUCUAGUGGCAGUUUUCCCCAUCAAGCUCUUAAUCUGAUGAAAACAUUGUCUAAAGUUAAUGAUGCAGAUAAGAAAAAUGUAAACGAACUAAGCCCACCAAAAGAGAGGCAUGUGAAGUCUAUUGAAAACAGGCCUCUCAGUCCUUUCUCCCAAAUAAAGCAUGAUGUUGAACAAUUUAGAUCAACCUUUAGCUGAAAGGUAGAUGCAUUUCUAAGUAAAACCAAAUAAACCAGAGAAAUUGAACUUCAGCGAGAUCUCUCAAAAACCACUCUUUAUAGUCAAUAAGGUAUCUCCUGCCUCGAGGCCAAAGACUAAGAUGAAAUCUCCUGUACUGAAUAACCUUAUGAAUCAUCUUAAGACUAAAGUAGCAAAGAUAGCUAAAUUUGAGCACUCUGUUUUCGUCCCCCAUUCGAUAGAUAACUCAGAAGAGCAGAUUAUCGAAGGAAAUGAUGUUGACUUAACUAAACUUAAUGCUAAAUACAUAUCAGCUAAAGGUUUUCCCCAUAUUAUUAAGAAAAAAUAGGAGAACAAAUAAUCAUCUUAAACCAUCUUUUGACAAAGAUAGAAGUUCACUUGAUCUACAGCAAAAACUUCUUUCAAUGACAGCUUUGAUGAAGAAGAAGUCUCAAAUCCAAGAGACGAUAGGUCCUAAGUCUGAAGUUAAAGAGAAAAUAGUUAUAAGAUCUCCACAGUUUGAGGACCGAGAUUCUUAUUUUGCUCCAAGAAUAACACCUUCUUCGAAUAUCUCAGCUGUGAAGAAUUUGAAAGUACAGAGUAGCAGCAAAUUUGGGUCUAUCUAUUCUUCAGAGGUUCCUAUGAGCAAGGGUAGCUGAAUAUCUCCAAAUCCAAGAUCCUUUAUGUCUUUCGAGCCUAUCAGUGUCAACUUUACAAGCCCGAGAGGUAAUUUAUCCAAAAUUAAGGAAGAUUUUUCAACACCAACGGACUAUUAUGGCAGUAUUGGCCGACCUCAGAAGUUUCUGAGCCCGAAUAAUAUCAGAGUAAAGCUCUACUUGGACCAGAAGAACGAAACAAGAGAGACUAAGCUCCAAAGCUUAUUUAAAAUUGGGUCUAAAAAAGCUCGUAACUUCAGAACUAGAAAGAGAGUAUGCUUCUAAACCUGCAGCUUGAACAAUCUCGUACAUAAAAUUUUG